AUGGGGGUGGAUAACCCUACCCCGAAUGAUCCCCCAGAUGAUAUCAACAUGUUAGAUCACCAACAAGAAGCUUCUAUCGAUCAGCAAGAACAAUCAACCGUUGCAUCAACAAAGAAAAUUAACUCCUUUCGAGAAGUAGUAGAAAAUUCGAGCCAAUGGUUUGCGGAGGCACGAAAGAUCAUAACAUCAUCCACCGAAUGGGAAGAAUCAGAUGCCAUAGCACCUGAAGGAAAAUUCACAAUACAAUUUAAUAAAAAUACUUUGGAUAGGCUGAGAGCCCCAUGGAAGUUAACCCUAAUGGGUAAGUGUCUUGGAAUAAAUAUUAGACCUUCGUAUAUGGAAACACGGGUUCGAGCGAUGUGGAGAAUCAAAGGAUCCUUGGAGAUCAUUAAUUAUUUGAUGAUCACAACUUGGAAACCAAAUUUUAGACCAUCUACAAACGCAUUUGACACCAUGUCGGUAUGGAUUAGAAUAGAUGAGUUACCCGUUGAGUAUUAUGAUAAAGAAGCAUUAUUUGAGAUUUCAAGAGUGGUGGGUAAGCCCAUAAGGGUUGAUUAUGCAACAGAUAAAAUAACACGGGGAAGAUAUGCUCGUGUUUGUGUGGAAAUUGAUCUGUCAAAACCCUUAAUCACCAAAGUGUGGGUAGGUGGAGGAUGGCAACAUAUCCAGUAUGAAAGUAUAUCUCUACUGUGUUUUGGUUGUGGAAGAAUUGGUCAUGUUCACCUUCAAUGUCCAGAAAAGGAAGCAACACCUUCAUUGAGUGCCUCUGGUAAGGCAACUGGUUUAGAUCCAUGCGUUCCAAAUGGUCAAAUGCGAGCCCAAGAAAUGCCAAACAUGACCCAAGCAAUUCUGGAAAGAAAGCCCAAGGACGUGGGGGAGAAAAAAUUGACACAUAUGGGCCUUAGACUUUGGUAA